GAGUGGGUCGUGUAAGCGGUGUGUGUGUGUGCUCUCUCUCAUUGCAUGGUGGAUGAUGGCCGCUUCAAAGCCCGUUGAGCCGCAGUCCGGGAGCAGUCUCCCCCGCUGGCAGCUGGCCCUCCUGAUCGGAACCCCUAUAGUGCUGGGUGUAGGAGCCGUUUACCUGUGGAACCGUAACAAGACGAAGGACUCACCGGGGAAACGGAACGGAGAACGGACAACUCCAGAAGGCAGCGCCAGUCCCGUCCAGGGCCAAGACGGAGCAGCUAACCGAGCUAAUCGCGAACUAGAGGACAUGAGUCCUCUGGACCGGGCCCAGGGUGCUAAGAACAAGGGCAACAAGUACUUCAAGGCUGGGAAGUAUGAGCAGGCCAUCCAUUGUUACACAGAGGCCAUCGGUCUGUGUCCUAGAGAAAACCAGACAGACCUGUCCACCUUCUACCAGAACAGAGCUGCUGCCUACGAACAGCAGAUGAUGUGGACAGAGGUGGUGCAGGACUGUACCCAGGCUGUAGAGAUGAACCCACGAUACAUCAAAGCCCUGUUCAGGAGGGCCAAGGCCCUGGAGAGACUGGACAACAAGAAGGAGUGCCUGGAAGAUGUGACGGCGGUGUGUAUCCUGGAGGCCUUCCAGAACCAGCAGAGUAUGCUGCUAGCAGACAAAGUCCUCAAACUGCUAGGGAAGGAAAAGGCCAAAGACAAAUACAAGAACCGUGACCCCCUAAUGCCGUCUCCUCAGUUCAUCAAGUCCUACUUCAGCUCUUUCACCGAUGACGUAAUCAGCCAGCCGCUUCAGAAGGGCGAGAAGAAGGACGAGGACAAGGACAACGAGGGCGAGGCCGCAGAGGUCACAGAAAGUUCUGGUUACUUGAAGGCCAAGCAGUACAUGGAGGAGGAGAACUAUGAUAAGAUCAUCAGUGAGUGCACUAAGGAGGUGGAGUCUGGGGGCCGGUACAUUGCUGAGGCCCUGUUGCUACGGGCAACCUUCUACCUCCUGAUUGGCAACGCCACCGGCGCCCAGCCCGACCUGGACCGGGUCAUUAACAUGGAGGACGCCAACAUCAAGCUGAGGGCCAAUGCUCUGAUCAAGCGUGGCAGUAUGUACAUGCAACAGCAGCAGCCUAUGAUGUCAACACAGGACUUCAACAUGGCGGCUGAGAUUGACACGCGCAACGCAGACGUCUACCACCACCGGGGACAGUUGAAGAUCCUUCUGGACCAGGUCGAGGAGGCCGUCGUGGACUUCGAUGAGUGCAUCCUGCUAAGACCUGACUCUGCUCUGGCACAGGCUCAGAAAUGCUUCGCCCUGUACAGACAGGCGUACACUGGCAACAGCCAGUCCCAGGUGCAGACGGCCAUGGACGGCUUUGAGGAAGUCAUCAGGAGAUUCCCUAAGUGUGCUGAGGGAUACGCUCUGUACGCUCAGGCUUUGACUGACCAGCAGCAGUUUGGCAAGGCAGAUCAGAUGUACAACAAGUGUAUUGACCUGGAGCCAGACAACGCUACAACAUACGUCCACAAGGGGUUAUUGCAGCUCCAGUGGAAGCAGGACUUGGACCUGGGUCUGGACCUCAUCAGCAAGGCCAUCGAGAUCGACAAUAAAUGUGAUUUUGCCUACGAAACCAUGGGAACUAUCGAAGUUCAAAGGGGCAACCUGGACAAGGCAAUAGACAUGUUCAACAAGGCCAUCAACCUGGCCAAGUCUGAGAUGGAGAUGGCCCACCUCUACUCACUGUGUGACGCAGCAUACGCCCAGACCGAGGUAGCCAGGAAGUACGGGCUGAAGCCACCCACACUGUAACUACCCUGUCACAUGACCCACCCGACCCAAGACCCUCCCACUCUCCACUGCUGAACCCGAUUGUAUUAUAACUGCAGAUGUUUCAGUCAUUUUGGUUUUGUAGACAUGCUGGAUAAAUAAAAAAAAAAAGACACAUUUGAUCUGUGACCAUACAUCAGAGAUUCCCAAACUCUGUCCUGCCCCCUUCCCCCCAGGACAGAUUUUUGGGAAACGCUGCACUACAUGAUCGUGUUUACGUCACGUUGAAUCGAGCUGUAACGAAGGAGAAGCUUUACUGUUCACAACCCAAGCAUCUGGAUAAUUAAUGGUCUUAACCCACACACCCCUUCUUCCUCAAAGCACUUAGUUUGACCCACAUACCCCUCUCGUUUCUUGGUACUUAGUUUAACCCAGACCACCGACCCCCUUUAUGAUCCUUCCUGUACCUCCAAUGUCUGGUCUGUUAUCAGAAACGUGUGAAUGACCACGUGAAACCAGGUAUCCACCCAGAAAUAAUUCAACCUUCUAAAAUCAAAAGGGAGAUUAUUUCAAUAGACUUCUCAUUCUCAUUGACUAAUCCAUAUUGGUGAAGUAUUUAAGGUAAUUAACAUUGUAUGUUGGCUGUGCACACUGAGAACGGUUUCCAAUGGACUGUUCAUUCGUUUGUUGCUGUUCUCUAACACGUUUCUGUGCGGACACUUACAUAUCCUCAAGAUGAUGUAACAUUAUCAUUGAAUGGCAAAUGUAAAUGAAGGAUUAAAAUAUUAGUUAAAAUGUGUAUGUAUAAUGAUGGAUGUCUGUGUUUUCGUGUAAUGCUGGAGUUGACGAUGUGUGGGAUAAAGGUGAAGUUUAGGGUCCUAAAGUAGUGGGUGAUAAAGGGUGAAGUUUAGGGUCCUAAAGUAGUGGGGGAUAAGGGUGACGUUAGGGUCCUAAAGUAGUGUGGGAUAAAGGUGAAGUUUAGGGUCCUAAAGUAGUGUGGAUUAAGGGUGACGUUAGGGUCCUAAAGUAGUGGGGGAUAAGAGUGACGUUAGGGUCCUAAAGUAGUGGGGCAUAAGGGUGAAGUUUAGGGUCCUAAAGUAGUGGGGGAUAAGGGUGACGUUAGGGUCCUAAAGUAGUGGGGGAUAAAGGUGAAGUUUAGGGUCCUAAAGUAGUGUGGAUUAAGGGUGAAGUUUAGGGUCCUAAAGGAGUGGGGGAUCAGGGUGAAGUUUAGGGUCCUAAAGUAGUGUGGAUUAAGGGUGACGUUAGGGUCCUAAAGUAGUGUGGGAUAAGGGUGAAGUUUAGGGUCCUAAAGUAGUGUGGGAUAAAGGUGAAGUUUAGGGUCCUAAAGUAGUGUGGGAUAAGGGUGACGUUAGGGUUCUAAAGUAGUGGGGGAUAAGGGUGACGUUAGGGUCCUAAAGUAGUGUGGAUUAAGGGUGAAGUUUAGGGUCCUAAAGUAGUGGGGGAUAAGGGUGACGUUAGGGUCCUAAACUAGUGGGGGAUAAAGGUGAAGUUUAGGGUCCUAAAGUAGUGGGGGAUAAGGGUGACGUUAGGGUCCUAAACUAGUGGGGGAUAAAGGUGAAGUUUAGGGUCCUAAAGUAGUGGGGGAUAAGGGUGACGUUAGGGUCCUAAACUAGUGGGGGAUAAAGGUGAAGUUUAGGGUCCUAAAGGAGUGUUUCAUUUUGGGGGAUUGCCGUUUUUUUCUUUUUUAUAUAUUCUGUACAGCAUGUGAUAUUUCUUUUAAGUAAAUGUUAAUGCAAUGCUGAAGUUAUCUGGCUGACGUGAACAUUUAGACCUAAAAUGAUUCAUGGCCUAAUUCAGAAUAAUUCUCAAUGUACCGCUUUUAUUUUUACGUGGUUGUUUCCCCAACUUGUAGAUUCAGAAAAUCUACAAUUAUUUUAAAUCAUUUUUUUUCAUGCUGUCAUCUUUUUAUUUUGCAGAAGGCAGGUAUGCCAUCGUAUGUAGUGGAUGUUUGAGGCAGUGCUACAGAAUAAAACAUGUGACACUGACAUUCUUCCCACAGAGAGCUGUAUCAUGACCAAAGUCAGAAAGAGAACAUGGAAAAUAAAGCUGUAACUGACAAGUUA